CUCAAUUUACUUCAGUCCAGUCCCGUCAGGACCUGCUAGCACCUACCUACCUUACCUACAUAAGGUGCUUUCUACUCCACCUCCCUUCCAUCCCAUCCCAUCCAUAUCUGGGCUGCUUUAAAAACCCUGUAUCCCCCUACCUACACCAUCCUCCUUAUACUCCUCAACCUAUUCUAAAUUGUGUUUCUUUCCUUUCGUGAAUACGUCUUGCUCCCUACAAAAGUUUCCACGGUGACCUACGCGCUACGAAGCUUCAACAAGACACUACCCCGCCAAAUCCGAACCCCGCCAAAAGUCAACACUCCCUCAUCAAAAUGGUCGGUCUCGGUCCUCGACGUCCUCCCUCCCGAAAGGGAUCGAUGGCCGAUGUCCCUAAGGAUCUCGCCGAUGAGAUUCACAAGCUCGAGAAGCUCUUUACGGUAGAGCCCGCUAAGCUCAAGGAGAUCACCGACCACUUUGUCUCCGAAUUGGCCAAAGGCCUCAGUGUUGAGGGGGGUAGCAUCCCUAUGAAUCCUACCUGGGUCAUGUCAUACCCCGAUGGCUAUGAAACCGGAACUUACCUGGCCCUGGAUAUGGGCGGAACAAACCUGCGAGUCUGCCAGAUCACCCUGACCGAAGAGAAAUCCGAGUUCGAUAUCCUCCAGUCCAAGUACCGCAUGCCCGAGGAGCUCAAGUCUGGUACAUCUGAAGAGCUUUGGGAAUACAUUGCCGAGUGUCUUUACCAAUUCCUCGAGACUCACCACGGAGACUGCAGCAAGCUGGGGAAAAUCCCUCUGGGUUUCACAUUUUCAUAUCCUGCCACCCAGAACUACAUCGAUGAGGGUAUUCUACAGCGAUGGACCAAGGGCUUCGACAUUGAUGGUGUGGAGGGCAAGAACAUCGUGCCCAUGUUUGAGGAGGCCCUGAAGGCUCGCGGCGUCCCCAUCAAGCUUGCGGCUAUCAUUAAUGAUACUACUGGCACAUUGAUCGCUUCAGCCUAUACUGAUACCGCCAUGAAGAUCGGCUGCAUCUUCGGUACGGGAUGCAAUGCUGCUUACAUGGAAGACUGUGGUUCCAUUCCCAAGAUUGCCGACCUAAAUUUGCCCGCCGAUCUGCCCAUGGCCAUCAACUGCGAGUGGGGAGCUUUUGACAACGAGCACAAGGUCCUUCCCCGAACUGCCUACGAUGUGACUAUCGAUAAGGAGUCUCCUCGCCCUGGACAACAGGCCUUCGAAAAGAUGAUUGCUGGUCUCUACCUCGGCGAGAUUUUCCGACUCAUCCUCGUCGACCUUCACGAUAACAAGGCCAUCCAUAUCUUUGAGAACCAGGACAUUGCUCUGCUACGCAAGCCUUACUCCCUCGAUGCUUCCUUCCUGUCUGCUAUUGAAGAGGACCCCUGGGAGAACCUGACUGAGACGUAUGAUCUCUUCGUCAAGAAGCUGAAUCUGAAGCCCACACGUCCCGAACUGGAGCUCGUUCGAAGGACCGCCGAGCUCAUCGGCACACGUGCUGCUCGCCUUUCGGCUUGUGGUGUCGCUGCUAUCUGCAAGAAGAAGGGUUACGAAUCUUGCCACGUCGGUGCUGAUGGCUCCGUGUUCAACAAGUACCCCUACUUCAAGGAGCGAGGAGCUCAGGCUCUGCGAGAGAUUCUCGACUGGCCUGCGAAGACCGACAAGAAGGCUGAGGACCCUAUUGAGGUUCUUACUGCCGAGGACGGCAGUGGUGUCGGCGCCGCCCUGAUUGCCGCCCUGACCCUUAAGCGAAUCAAUGAGGGCAACAUGGCGGGUAUCCUUCAUCCCGAGAACUUCAAAUAGGCAUGAGCGGGGGCCGAUUGAUGAAAGGCGCGUGAUGGGUAUCAAAGGUUAAUAUUAGGGUUGGUCGGAAAACGAAGAUAGACGUGGACUUGAAUGGAAAGCACGAAUAGAGACGAAGGGUUUCUUAAAGACUAUCAAGAGCGUGUGCCACUGACAGGCCUGGAAUUCUUUGAUGGAUCCAUUCGUCUAGCCCAUGAAUGUGCAAAUAGGCAACCGGUAUUCUGCGAAAUAAAGUUAGCUUGAUAGUGAUGUAAAAAUAUAUGGUAUAUCUUACUG